UUCGCUCUACUCAUCUUGACUUGUCGCGACCUGUCUCGUCUCAUCGCCCUGACGCCUUGCCCCAACCUUACUAUCCAUCAGCUAACCGCGCACCAGCCACUCGUAUCGACUUUUCAUCUUGAGCUCACCAUCACCUCAAACCCCAGUGCGGUCUUGCAUGAUCAGCCGCACCCACAUCAUCAACCCACCAUUCAUCGACUUCCUUUGACGAUCCCGGGAUCCAGACUGCUUGCCUCAAGGCCUGUGCUGCGCCCUUUCCUUACCUCAUGCAACCGCGCUUGUGCUUGCGCCUCCGCCUCCAUCACCACUGCUACCACGACCACCCUAGCCAAGGUGAUUAAGCUGGGGCUGCUUCUGGAGUGA